AUGAGCGUGCGUAAGGCUCACAAUUCGGGUCGGAAUCAUUUGAGGAACGUGGUGGAAUACUAUCAACAGAUUGGACAGGAAAAGGCACAAUCCGUCAUUGACUCGAUCACGUCUUCAUAUGCCGCCGAGGGCCAAGCUGUCCCCAACCCUGCCAUGGCUCCCCCAGGCGCCUUUCCCCCACCAUUCGGAUUCCCUGGUCGCCCCGGUCAACUCCCACCUCCUCCAUUCGGCAUUCCUCCCCCCGGAGGUCCCAAUGGAAUUCCCCCAGGCAUGCCCAUUCCACCACCCGGCGGUAGAGGCCUCCCCUUCCCGCCUCCCUUCCCCCCACCAGCAGGCGGCGCCCCAGGAGGUCUUCCCCCGCCUCCUCUCGCCAACAUGCCUCCCGGUCAGGGAUUUCCCCCUGUCCCGCCACCUGGCGGGUUCCCGCCUAAUUUCCAGAUUCCCCCUCCCGGCGCUGGGGGAUUCCCUCCUGUGCCUCCCCCGGGCCAGCCCGGUUUCAGCCCCAGCCCGGGGCCCGGUAUGUCUGGUCCCCCAGCGCCGCCGGGGAUGAACACCUCCAGUCUGCCGGGUCCUCCUCCUGGACUAGGUGAAAGGCGAUGA